ACAUGUUUCUUGAUAAAUAAAAUAUUAGAAAAACGUGAGUGUAAAAUAUGCCUUUUUCUUUUAAAAUAGUGUUUUCAAAAAAUAGUAAGUCAGUUGUUUUUUUCUUUUUGAAAAUACAUGAAGGCGCAAAUAAAAUAUCUACGAAUCAGCUGAAAUUAAAAAUGAUGAGCAACACUGUAACCGUAAAUCAUCAAUUUCUCUCCGUCUGCUAUUACAUUACAAGCUUUGGUCUCUUAUUAAACAAUAAUGAUCUACUUGUCCUCGGAAUGGAACAAGAUGCUCCAAGAACAGAACUAUUUAACGUACCAACAAAAUUUUUGAAUCGUUCCAAAAGAAGUGAUGAGGCAUCUGAUGACGGAAGCAGUCCAAGCAAGAAGAUAAAAUAUACAACCAUCAAAAAGGAAUCAACCUUCGAAGAUGAUCUUCUAAAAAAUUUAAGAAAAUACACUUGGAAUGAAUUAACAAAAAAUGUACAAACAACCAAAAAUUUACGUCUUGUGCUAAAUAAAUUAGCAUACUACCAAACUAAUGAAAAAUGGUUGGAAAAACCAAUGGAUCUAUGGCACAUGGAUUCGACACAAAAUAUUCUCGUAUUCCAAUAUUUAAGAAAUCUAAAAGGACAUUCAUUCUCUUUCAAUGACAUAACAGUAAUGACAAAUCAAGAUACGACAUUAACUCCACAUAAACUAAACCAAAAUCCAUUCCGAAUCAUGAUUCAUUACCACUGUCUCAUUGAUUCUCAAUACGGAUUUUUGGAUUUAACAACUUUCGAUCGUAAAAAUAUUAAUAAUAAAUAUAUCACAUUCCCCGAUGUAAAAUUCACCGUGACAAAUACAGAAUUAUCGAAACGAGAUAAUGGCGGUAUUAAUUUACACAUUGAAUUGAAACAACAACUAAUCACCAAAGAAUUAUGGAAAAUCACAAGACAUCAAGAAUUUAGAAGUCUAUUUCAACAAUCAUCGGCAAAUAAUAUUAAACAAGUGCUUAGAAUGCAAAGAAUUGAAGAAACAACAAGAAUCAUAACUCAAACUGUUCCUCUCUGUUCAUUGAAAACCGCCACUGACUUAUUAAAAAGCUACAUUCUAAAAAUAGAAUCAAGUGAUUCGCACGUACCAACAUUUCAAAAAUUCGGCGAAGAUUAUUGCAAUUUAUUAAAAAUUGACGAUUCCUAUCAAAAAUUCUUAAUCACCAACAGAAAAUACAUUGAUGACAUAUUAUACGAAUCGUCUCUAAAUGAAAUUACCAACCUUGAUGAUGCAGUACGAAAAAUUAAUAAACUCUACGAUACUUCCAAUGAAAAAUACACACAAUUAAUAUUUAAAAAAUACACUGAAAUGCCUACAUUAAUACAUUUUCUCCGUUUCGAAGAUUUCUAUCUAAUUAAUACAAGAAUGACCGAUUUGAAUGUUAAUCCAAGUGAUGAAGACUUGACGAAAAUAGAAACAACAAUUUCGAGAAUUGCUAUCCGACAAGCUUUAUUAAAACCCAUUAAAAAGCCUCUUACACUUUAUUGUGGUGAUAUGGUCGAUACUGCUCGUUACAACUAUUAUAAAAAUCUAACUGGUAGAGAAAUAGUUCAGUUCAAUAGAUUUUAUAAAUUUUCGACAGAUGAAAAAAGUGAAAAGAAAAAAUUAUCGCCAAAUCCAGAAUUAAAUUCAGUAUUAUUUGUGGUUCAAUUAAUUCAUCCUGCUGGAAUGGCGGACAUUGGUCGUUAUUUCAUUCAUGCACAGAAAUUAAAUUAUGCACCGUAUUUUUCAAUGUCUUUUGUAGUGGACAAGGUGAAAUUUAAGAAAGUAAAACAUCACGAAGUGUUGGUGGUGAAAAUGCAUGAUUUAAGAAUUCCAAAGGAAGAAAAAAUUGUUCAAAUGAUUAAACGAAUGAAUACUAUUUUCGCAACAAGAGAAUUAUACAUCGACUAAGGUUAAAAUAAUUUACAGACAACAUUAUUAUUAUAGUUUUUUUUUCCGAGGUCCGCAAAGUUUUUAAAAUCGAAAAAAUUAUUUUAACUUCUUUCAGAAAAUGUUACUUUCUAUACAGAGCCAAUUAAAUAAUUUUUCGCUCUUAAAACCGUUGCUGACUUUAAUUAUUUUCUUUUAUCUAUUUGGAAAAAUAAAUCAGAUAUUUUUAAUCUAAUAUUUUGUAAGUAUUUAAAUUCUAUAAAUUUUCUAUAAAUUAUUCUAUAAAUUAUUCUAUAAAUCAUAAAAUGACAAUUUUUAUCAUGAUGCACAUUGUUCUUUUCUUUUCAUGUAUUCCAGUUGUUGUUAAUUUCUGAUAAAUAAAUAUUU